AACACACUGAAAUUAUUUCUUCUUUCUUUGUUCAUUUUUUUUGUUCUGAGAAUGCUUGAUAUUGAUUGGAAAUCAAAAAUGGUUUCUUCAGAUGUUAGUAACAAAUCCUCUGAUAAACCACAAGUUUCGAUUCCGACGUCGUUUCCUUUCUCGGAUAUUUCGUCGCCGCUUUCGGCUUCAGCUCCCGCUUCUUCUGCUUACGACUACUAUCUUCGUCUACCGGAGCUGAGGAUGUUGUGGCAAACAAAGGAGUUUCCGUCUUGGCAAAACGAAGCCGUUUUGAAGUCUGCUUUGCACGCCUUGGAGAUCACGUUCAGGUUCAUUUCGAUCGUCUUGUCGGAUCCUAGACCGUAUUCGAAUAGUCGGGAGUGGACGCGUCGGCUCGAGUCACUGGCGAAGAGUCAGAUCGAACUCAUCGCUAUGCUCUGCGAAGAUGAAUACGAAGACAAAACGACGGCCGGAACAGCGCCGAUCGUCGAUCUGACGUCCUCGAAUGGAGUGAUCGCUCGCGAGUGCAGCUCCGCCGAGGUGUGGAAACUUCACGGCGAAACGACGGUCGUGAACCGGACAAGCGAAGCCAGUUUGUUGCCGAGGCUCGCCACGUGGCAGAAAGCAGAGGACGUAGCGCAGAGAAUCCUUUACUCCAUCGAGUGCGAGAUGAGGCGGUGUCCGUACACCCUCGGUCUGGGAGAACCCAACCUAUCCGGCAAACCGAACCUUGAUUACGACGCCGUUUGCAGGCCGAACGAGCUCCACGCGCUGAAGAAGAGCCCGUAUGAUCACGUAGACAACCACGAGAACGCGGUGCUUUACACGGCGCACCAGAUCCUCGAAUCGUGGAUUGAGACCGCCAAACAAGUAUUGAAACGCGUCGUUUUAAGGAUCGACGCCGGCAGCUUCGAAGCCGCCGCGAGCGACGGUUACUUGAUGGAGAAGAUCUGGAAGCUUCUAUCGGAAAUCGAAGAUCUACACCUGUUAAUGGAUCCCGACGAUUUCCUUCAUUUGAAAAGUCAGUUGAUGAUAAAAUCGGUGAACGAAACUGAGGCGUUUUGUUUCAGGUCGAAAGGAUUGGUCGAAAUUACGAAAAUGUCCAAGGAAUUAAAACACAAGGUUCCCUUUAUUCUGGGCGUGGAGGUGGACCCCAAAGGUGGGCCCAGGAUUCAAGAAGCUGCGAUGAGAAUGUACGCAGAGAAGCGGGAGGGUAAUAAGGUCUUUUUAGUACAGGCGUUGCAAGCCAUCGAGGGAGCGUUGAAACGGUUCUUUUACGGGUACAAGCAAGUGUUGGUGGUGGCUAUGGGGAGCUUGGAAGCGAAAGGGAACCAAGUCGUGACGAGUUCCGUCUCGUGCGACUCGUUGAGUCAGAUAUUCUUGGAGCCUACUUAUUUCCCUAGUUUGGAUGCGGCCAAGACGUUUUUGGGCGAGUUUUGGAGUCAUGGACAGGGUGGGUAUGGACUGACUCGGCGGAUGGAGAAGUGAGUUGCCUUGGUCUACUCAUUUUGAAUAGAAAACUUAAUUUGGUUAAAG